AUGCUUGGUCAUUACCUGACUACACAGCAGACGCCACCAAGUGGUCUUCUUGUCAGGAAAUUGUAUAUCUAUAAAGCAGUCGACGUCGAGCAGGAGUUCUAUCUUUCGUUGACGUUCGAUCGCGAACGAUACAGCCCGGUUAUCCUCAUCUCUGAUCAGGGUGGUGUGAACAUCGAGUCCAACCAGGACAAGCUGCACAAGUUCUGGUUUAAUCUUUCCCGGGGCAUCACUGCCGAAACCAUGGCCGGGAUCCAGAAGCAGUUGUGCUUCACAAACAAGGAAAUGCCAACUAUCGAAUCGAUAAUCAGACAGAUGAUCAAGCUUUUCGAGGAAAGGGAUGCCAUUCUCCUGGAAUUGAACCCGCUUGUGCGGACUCCUGAGGGAUGCUUUGUCUGUCUUGACGCCAAGUUUGAUUUUGAUAACGCCGCCCAGUUCCGUCAACCAGAGAUCUUCAGUAAAGAAGAACGCAUGCCGGGCUUUGAAGAUGAAUACGAGGCUCAAAAGCAUGGUCUAGUAUAUAUCCGGCUUCACGGCCACAUUGGGAAUAUUGUCAAUGGCGCCGGACUGGCAAUGGCAACUAACGAUCUGAUCAAUCUACAUGGCGGAAAAUGUGCCAACUUCCUCGACAUUGGAGGCAAAGCAACCACGGAGACACUGCUGAAGGCCUUUGAGAUUUUGAGCCGGGAUCAACAAGUCCGGGGGAUUUUCGUCAACAUCUUUGGAGCUUUUCCCAAGGAGGAGUGA